CAACCGGAAGGUGUUUUUUGUCCACCUGUCUGCAGCAGCUUCAACAACAUCAACAACACUAACACCAGAACCAUCUAACGGGACUAACUCUAGCUGUUCCAGACGACGCAAUGCACCGACUGUUGCUGGUGUUCGUGGCCGCUGCCGGAGCGUCUGUCCUCGGUCUCCCCGGCCGACUGGAGGCCUCCCCGGCGGCCGCGCCCUGCCUCGCCCCGCUGCAGUGGGAGGGCAGCUGGGUGAUGUUCGACAGCAGCACCGGGAGGAACCGCCGAGCAGCGGUCUCCUACGACGGCCUGAAGCAGAGGCUCCGAGUCCUGCAGCAGAACAAGAAACACACACCGUGUCAGAAGUUCUUUGAGUACAUCUACUUGUACCAGAGCAUGGUGAUGUUCCAGAUCGACCAGAAGACGAAGGACUGCUCAAAGGUCGCUCUGACGGACGCCUGGGAUCCCUUCGACAUCCCAGACAACUCCACCUUCGAGGACCAGUACUUCAUCGGAGGCCCCGGGGACAACGUGGAGGCUCUGGAGUGGUCGGACAGGAAGCCGGCGCGCCAACAUGAGACCUGGGUGGGCGUUUACACCCUGAAGGACUGCUACCCAGUGCAGGAGACCUACACCUGGAACAGCAGCGUCACCACCUCCACCCGCUUCUUCAACCUCCAGCUGGGCAUCAGCGACCCCGACGUCUUCACCCCGCCCAGCACCUGUCAAUCAGCUCGGCCUGAGAGGAUGGCCGAGUCCGUCUGCUGAGGCCUCGCCGCGCCCUAACCUUUGACCUUAGGCACUUAAUGGGCAUUCUGAGUCUGAAAUCACUCCCUUGUUCACUCAUCCUCUGCUUCCUGUAUAACAGACACAAAACAGUUCAGUCAUGGUGAGCAGUAAACUGAGAUUUCAGGCACUUAAUCAUCUUUAUUUUGUCACUUACAGGUGUAAUGUAACUUUUGCAUCCAUAAAAUCUGGCAUAUUGCAUUUUGGGAUUGUUUCAUUUGAACUGGAAAGUCAGAAUUUCUGAGUUCCCAGUCGGAAAUUUCAACUGGAGCGCCCCCCGACUUCAGUAGCAUUUCCAACUGGGAAAGUCAGAAGAACCUUGCGUAAUGCAUUGGGAGUGAUUUCGGACGCGGUCUUCGUCUUGUGUUUUUAUAGAAUUGUUUGUUAACUUGCUGCUAAUUUGUUAAAACUGUUACCCGGACCAAUGAGCACUUUAUAGCUGCAACCUAACAAACUAGCUCAUUGGGAUCCAUAAACGGUUAGCUUCACGACUUGAAUCUUUCACAACCUUAAUUAGUUUAUUGCAUUAGUUUAUUAAACUGCUACACUAUUUACAUCACACAAAUACUGUAAGAAGGACUGUAUCUUAAUGCUACUGCCUAUAUAUGUGACGCUGCAUUCACUCAAAUGGGAAUAAACAUCAGGAAGACUUCAUGUCCAAAAGCAACAAGAUGUUCAGACUACUUUGAUGCCAACUCAUCGUGUUUGAUGGAGAGUUUAUGUUCCAGAGUAGUUUUCUGACUAUAGACUCUCACCCAGUGAGUGACACAAGUUUUAUUAAUAUUUUACUGUCAUUUUAAUUUAAUAUGUUUCUUCUCAGCAAUCUUUUUUAUUUGACUGGUUCUGGUCUGACCAGACAGGCUGCACUGAAUUAAAGAUGCCAGUGUUUCAAUCUCCA